GUCGUGGUGAUGUGAUGUCAUUAUUAUAAAUAAAACAGUAAAAGUGCAUACCACAGUCGACACUACCAAACUUGCAUAUUUAUAAUUUUAUCGAUACGAAUAAGAGAAAAUUUUAUUACUUGUCAGCUGUAAUUUUGGAGUAUAUUUUAAAUAGGUGUCUAAAAUGCACAAGAAACAAGCAUCGUCUGAUUUUGAAAUCGCUCCCUUACGAUCUUUAGAUGAUUUUCUUUUAGAAGCCGCUCGUUUUCAGAUUCCAAAUGUGAAGGAUUUAGAAAAAUGGGGCAAUAGGGUCACUCAAAAUUUACUCUACUAUCAAACCAACUACUUUUUGAUGUCCAUACUAAUCUUCAUUAUAGUGGGGGUUAUACAUCCCAUUAAAAUGGCUUGUGGAUUAUUAGCAACUGCUGUACUUUUUAUGAUAUUCUUAUAUGUUACCAAUGAGAAAGUAACAGCAGCUCAAUUCAAAAGGAAACACCCAAUUAUUUCUAUCAUUAUUGUUUUUGCUGGAGCCUAUUUUAUAGCAUAUAUGCUUCAGUCUCUUCUGGUUUUCCUUCUUGGGGUUCUUCUACCGGUUGCAGCAAUAUUUGUCCAUUCUUCUUUGAGAUUGAGAAACUUAAAAAACAAGAUUGUUAACAAAGUAGAAAAUUUGGGACUUCGGACAACACCUAUGGGGUUUUUUCUUGAAGAGAUGGGAUUGGAAAGUGAUCUUUUCUGAGAAAAGGUGUAAAGAUUCAAGUUAUCCUAUUUGUGAUGGUUUCAUGUGAUUCUUCAGAAGUGCACUAGACAGUUUUAUGUCAGUAUAAAAGAUUACUAAUAUCUUAAAAUGGGCUAUUAAUUUUGGGAAAUCAUACAAAGAGAAUGGAUCUUUGGACCUUUCCAAACCUACUCUAUAAUUUCAGUUUUAGUCCUAAAUUUACAAGCAUGCAAAUAAUGACUUCUAUACACAUAUACUAUUAUUAAACCUUUCAUUUAAAUAAUAUUUUAAUGCAAAGUAGGUUAUUUUAAGUUUUUAGAGAUACAUAUUUUGAGAUUAGGUUGCAGUAUUAUCAAUAUUGUUCCAAUUAAAAUUUUGAAAUUUAGGUAAUUUUUAACAUAAAUACAAACCAUAUUAAAAAACCCAAUUAUGGUAUUCCACCUGAAAGUAUUAAUAUAGGAUAAACGAAAGAUAUUGAAUUUCUGAUUUUAUUUUGACUGUAUCUAAUGUCCACAUCAGCUGACUUUAAAAUGUACUCACGAUUAAAUGAACGUUUUUAUUCUCAAUAUCUGAAAAUUAUUCUAUAGUUGCAUAAGCUCAAAAAAUAUGUUAUGGCUUUUUAGCUAAGUCAGAUAUUUGUUUGGAAAUGUCCACAUUCUCUUGCAUGAGGUGAGAUUUUAAUAAUUGAUUAUGUUAAAGUAACAAAUUUUAACAAUAUUAGUGUUGUUAUUAUUUUACACCAACUUAAGUCUGACUUUAUUUAAAUACACUUGUGAUAACUAACCUAUCACUAACAAAUAGCUUACGAAAAAGUUAAAUAAUUACUUUUUGGGUAAUCAUCUGCUUUUAGAACAUAUAAAUGCAGUAGUUCCAAAAUUAUUGAAACGUCAAUGAUAUAUUGUCUAAAUGUAUGCUUAAUGAUCAUACUUCCUUGUUUAUUAUGAAAAUAAUAGAGAUACUUCAGUUAUAUUUAAAGAAUGAUUUUCUAUCUAAUGAUUGUAGCAAUAUUUGCAGCUUAUCUCUUGAAAUUUAAAAUUAAAAUACUUCCAAGAAACUUCAAGUAUAUUUUCAAAGAAUUUUAUUGUAAUCUGAAUCGAUUCCUUUCAAUUAUUUGAAUUACACAGAAUGGUGGACAAUAAUGGUGUACCUAUAUUCUGUUAUUUUUACCUCAUUCUUUUUUAUUUCACUGUUUUAUACUCCUCCUUCAGAAUGCCUUUCUUCAGUUUUUUAAUGUUCCUAAUUUACCUUCCCUGUGUUUUUCUCUAAUUAUCUUGGUUUAAAAUGCCUUAGAUGUCACAUGAUAUAUUCAGUAAAUUGAUGUCUCGGUAAUUUAUAUAUAAACUGUCUCCUCUGUUAUCUGUAUUUAUUAAACUUGUUGACUCAUAUAAAUAAAAUUCAAUCAUGUCAAAAUGAAUAAAGAUAUCAUAGUUUAUUUAUUUAUUAAUACGAUUGUUUAUGAGAAUUACAUUAAACAAUGCAUUUUCAUUAAAACCAAUAUUUUACCAAAGCUUUAGUGCAUUUCUAUGUUUUCUGUUAAUGUUAGUGUACAUAUAGUCGACAUUUAUGUGUCAUGUAUUUGGUGGGCAGUAUCGUCCUAAGUAUGUAAGCAAAUGAUGUGAUUAAACUAGCAUAUAAUCAACAAAGAUACAUAUUUAUGAAAGUUGACUUUUUUUCCACUCAGUAAAUUCCUAGAAUUGUAAAUAUAUAAACAAGCAAUUUAACGACAAUAUCUGAUAGUUGUAAAAGCAGGUUGUUAAAUCUGUUGAAACUAUAUGCUAGGUAUUUAGUAAUAUCCAAGUGAAGAUAUAAGAAAUAGUAUAAACCAGAGGUGGAGAACUUAUUACCGUUUGUAAAAAAUCAUAAAAUUGUGUACAAUGUUGAGCAUUGUAUAAAAUUCACAUCGAGUUAGAAUCUAAUGAAAAUUCACAACAGUACUGCAAUGAACUGAUAAUUCUUAUUAUUUUUUUAAUGAUAUAAAAUAAUCCACAGCAAGAAUUCUUUAAAAUACUAGUAUAAUUUAAAUUUAAAUUUUUUAAAAUUGGUUGAGGAAAUAUUCCUUAAACAAGCAAUUGGACUUCGUAGGUUCACCCAACGUGACCAGAAGUCGAUAUUUGAACUCUUCGUGUAAAUUUUGCAUUGAUUGAUUACGAUUUCAAUUAUUUUUUAGGGCAAUUUUUGCCAAACUUUGUCAUAACUUUUUAACCGGAAAUGACAUCAAAAACAGAACUAAAUAUUAGAGCUUGACUUUUUGAAGUGAUAUAAAAACCAAAACGGCUUGAUGAAGCUUACAAAGAAGUGAAAAACUUCUAGUGUAAAUGGUAUAUAUUUAAAAUUUAAUAAAAAAUAAAAUUUUCCAAAUGGAUUUCAAUUUAUCAGAAUGUUUUCGGUCUUAUCAAACCAUCAUCAGUUAACACCUAAAUUAAAAAAUGGUUAAAUGUUGACUGUUAAUCUGAAAAAACAUGUGGUUAGUUAGUAAUUGAAAUUAACUAGUUAAAAAGUUGUAAUGACCUUUUGAUUACAUUUUGAAUGUCUUGAAAAUUAAAAUUGAAGCGACACGAAGUCGAUGUUAAAAAUUUAACUUUAAGGAAACAUACCUACUCGAAACAAGGACUACAUGUGUUCUUAAGAAAGAUACCAGCCAGGUGAAGUGUUGGAUCAGGAAGUGAAUUAUGGGUUAUGGAUUGUACCAAAUAUAAAAAAAGUGAUUAUCUUUAAAUUAAAAUGAACUAGAAAGUUACUUCUCUAGAAAAGUAGCAAAGAAGAAAUCCACAGUUAUAUAAACAAAUUAAUGGUUAAGAUUAGAUUAUACAUGGGAGUAAUGACGUCAUGUUGUCAGAUAAAUUAAAAUAAUACAAAUAUAUAAGCAAAUUAGUUUGGAACAUACAAACUAAACUAUAAACUUAUUGAAUUAUUGAGAAAUAAAUAAAUUUGUGCAAAAAGAUUGUUCGGUUAUUGUGUAUGUGUUGUAUGGUUGGUUGAAUUUCCUAUUUGUGUGUAAAAUGUAUAUACCCACCCACGAGUAAACACACCACACAUAUGCACCUUUUUAAUAAAUGUAUACAAGUGUUCGAAUAUUUGGAUGGUAUCGAUAUCAUCGUAGAGUUCCUGAAUCUUUUUGGUCGUUAAGGUUGCAUUAAUAAUGUAAAACCCCUAAGUGACUUAUCGACCACUUACGUAGCCGGGACCGAUAGAUUUACGCUCACUUCGAAGCACGGCGGCGACUCAGUUAAAUUAGCAAUUGACAAAUUGUAUUGGUGUCAGUGCCGAAAAAUCAAGCUUCCAGCAAGUCCGUAACUUAGUCGCUGAGCUACGGCCGCCACAAGGGUGCACUGAAAAUUUUAUUAAAAAUAAAUGAAUAAAAAAUAAACUAAUAAUUGACAUAAAUGGUCCAAAAAGGACCAGUUGGAUGAUGAACCAGAAGAAGACGAAACGUAGGUACAUAGACAUCUUAAAGGAUGACAUACAAUUUGUAAAGAAAAUAUAGUGUCUAAUUUUGCGAUCGAUUGGGUAUGAUUAUGAUAAAUUAUAUGAUUGAAGUAUUUUAUAAAAAAAUAUUAUCUAUUAAAAAAAAUAUCUAUUGAAGUGGCAGUUAUACCCAUGAAAGUACAAACAAUUUUUAAUUACCACUACAUUUACUUGUCACUGGUUUUCCAUCUCUGUUGUAAACAAUAGGAAAUGUAAUGAUUUAUAUACCUCUUCUUCCCCAUCUAAUCUCUUUAAGCCGAAUAUUAUUGGGUAUCUUUUAUGUAUAGUAUAUUUACAAUUGCAAACACAGAUAGGCUCAAUUAUUCCAAGUAAAUAUUAUAUUCUAGAACUGUUUAUUCAACUAAUAUUAAACAUGUGUAAUUUUAAUAGUGUAGAAAUUAUUUUUCAUUUGUGGAAAAAUAUAGCAAAGUUGGAAUAUUCGUGUCUUUGCAAAACAUACUCAAAAUUCAGAUAUUUAUAUCUAAAAGAGAAACAUAACAAUUACAAGAAGAUUAUCCAAAUUAAAUCUUUUUUUGUGCACUGUAACCUUAUGCAUAUUCAAAACUUCUAGUUCCUUUAAUAUGCUAAAAAAUAACUCACGCUUCAAAGAAAGACGAAGAAAGUUUGGAAAUUUUCGAAAAAAAGACUUCCAAUGAGAAAUGCAGAUAUUAGGUUUAAACGAAUAAUACAAAAUGACGCGGAAAAAAAGGAAACUAGAUAUAUCAACACGGAAAGAUAAUACUAACGAACACUACUAAAAGUUUACUGGUACAAAUUCACAAUUUCGUUAAUUAUAAAAACCGCUCCUCUACAACUUGAGUUCAUUCCUUAGGUAGGAUCUUCACUACGAAGAUGGGUUUUUUAAACCCCAGGUUGAGUGGUUUCAGUAUUACCCAUUCAACUCACAUAAUUAGAGAUAUUAGGAUUUAAAUCUGUAUCUUAGGUUCUUUUAAAUGUGUCAGUAGUUUUAAUCAGAAAAUUGUAAGUAUAUUGCCAACUUUGCUAUAUAUGUUCUUAGAUACACUUUUAAUUAAAUAUUUGUUCACUAUAAUGUUUUAUAUAUACAACUUAAAUGAUAAUCUUAUAUAUUUAUUAUUUUACUCUGUCUAUACUUUUUGUAUUAAUAUUUUAUAAAGUAUUUACUUUGUUUUGUUAUAUUUUAGAACAAAUUAUAUUGCCGCUCAUAUAUUGUAUAGAAUUUCAUAUGGAAUUAAAAAUAUAUGAUAUAUUUU